AAAGAUGAAGCUUCGAAAACAGAAGAGGAUACAGAACAAGCUGCUUCAGUUGUAAAUCACUGCAUCAAGUCAAAGGACGCGAAUGCCUCUGUCCAUAUUUCAAGAAAACAUGAAUCACAGGUGAUCCUAUCAACGGCACUUGUUUACGUCAAGAACAACAAAGGAAAACGAAUCGUUUGCAGAGCAUUAUUAGACCCAGGCGCUCAAUCAAAUCUAAUCACGGUUGCCUUGAGUCAAAAAUUGAAAUUGUCUUACACGAAUGGAAGUGUGCCAGUCUCAGGGGUUUGCAAAAUAAAAACGGAAGCAAAGCGUACAAGAUUGCAUAUAGAGUCAAUGCAUUCGGAAUUUGUAGCAGAGCUGGAGUGUCUGGUGCUGCCAACCAUCACAACGAAGUUGCCGCAGGUAAACAUUAACACGGAAAAGAUUCUAAUUCCUACAGAUACGCUUCUUGCAGAUCCCACAUAUGGUGAACUCGGAGACAUUGAUCUACUUAUUGGAGCCGGACUCUACUGGAAGAUCGUCAUAGGUUCGCCGAGAAAUUGUAUCAACAAUCAGCCGGCGUUACAGAACACACGACCAGGUUGGAUUAUAGGAGGAGAAACAUCCGAAGAAAUUCUUAAAUCAGCAUCUACAUGUCUCACAAUAACGAAUCCACAAUUAGCGCAGCAGCUUAAAAAAUUUUGGAAGCAGGAAACGCUUCCAGAAGUUCAACAUUAUACGAAGGAAGAGAAAUUAUGUGAGCGACAUUUCUCUGAAACAGUGCAAAGAGAUUCGAGCGGAAGAUUCAUCGUGCGAUUACCAACGUGCCCUAAUAUUCGUUUGGGACAAUCCAGGGAUCAAGCACAGCGCAGACUGUGA